AUGGCUGAGUACAAUGUGCACCAUGUGGUAACCAAGCAACAAGGUCUUAAAACUGUGUUGACAGACUGACAGCCAACCCAGAGAGACGACUCUUUUUCUCUGUCCAAGGACGCAGCUUUUAUUUAGUACAUUUUACACCACUGACCAAGCAAAUUCACUCUCUAUGGAAAGUCUUCUUCUAGGGUGAAAUAUUUUACAGUACUGAGAACAAUGGCUGAAAUUCUGGAACAAGGACCUGUAUAUUUCUUUGACCAGCCAAAAAUUAAAAAGAAAUGGGUCAAGAAAAUGGGACCAGGAGAACAGCUUACUGACUUAAAUACAACUAGUGCAAAUCCUCAUGAAACUGGUUGCAUUCACAGGAAUUCUGGAUACACAGAAGAACACUUGGAAGGAAAUGAUACUUUACUGAAACACAAUACAGCAGAGAAAGAUCCAGGCUCUCUUCAAAUACAUGGGCCUUCUAUAUUCAGAACCACUUGUGAGGAUCCUCCUAUUCAGCUCUGUCAAAUAUCUUCAGCUCUGCUUACAGAAGAAGCAGUCGUACAUGCAACCUUGUUAGAUGAAUAUAAAUGCAUGGCUCUUACCAUAUUAUGUGAACUGGAAGAAAUGCUGAACCAUUUUUCUAAGUACAAGUUUAUUUUACCUAAGGGAAUUUCAAAUAUCUUGACUUACAGCUGGAAAGAGCUUGUUGAAGAUGCAUCUUAUAAUAAAAAAUCUUGGCAGGAACUAGCAUGCAAAAAUAUAAAAUCAGCGAGAAGGAAAACAUCAGAAGAAGAGUGCAACAAGUUGUCACCAACAUCUGAAUAUAUGGACAAUGAGAUGGUUGGAAAUAUAGCAAGGCAAUGCAGAAGAGCAUCCAUUAGCAUUACGAAGGAAACAAAACCCCCCAAGAUUCUAUCAAAGAGGCUUAGUGGAAACAAGACUGUAGUCCCACAAGAGUAUGCCAAUGAUUCAUCUGUUGCUAUCAGUUUUUCACUGUCCUCAAAGCUGUCUGAGGAAAGAGGCUGUUUGGUUCUGAUGGAAGAAAAGAAUAUGAAAAAGAAUAUUAAAGGUUGGGCUGUUCCACAUGCUGACUCUGACUCUAAAGACCCGGAAUGGAAAGUACCAUACAUCUGGGCAGUGGAGAGACUACGGCUGGCUAAGAUCCAAAUAGUUAAACAGCUGUCUAAACUGGAAGAAUCAGGAUUUGACAAGCCUAUUAUUCUUCGUCAUUUUGAUGAUGUCAAGAAGGAAAAUGUUCCAAAAAAUAGAGGGUGGACCUGUAAGAAAAUCUUCUCUGAGGUGCUGAAAGAAAAACCUCAGUUGCCAGUGAUCAAACAGGCUGGGCCAGCUUUUAAAAAACUGCACUAUGGAUUGGUUGAUGGAUCAUCUUUCAUUUAUUAUCCCUCUGGGUAUUUCGCAGUCUGUCAGAGUUACUCCAAUCUUCCUGGUGGAGGCAUGUACACCAAUAUAUUUAAUGACUUUCCUGAUCGGACUUUACUUGGAACGUUUACUCCUUUUGGAGAUGGCAGUAUUUGCUUGCCUGACAGUAACAACAUAGCCAUGAUAUUUAAUCAGGAAGGUGGGAUGAUGACUAAUAAAGGUGGAGAAAUGCUACGCGAGUGGAAAUGGCCUGGAGUUGGAAAGCUUGAUGACCCAGUUAUUAUACAGGUUAACAAAUGCAUCACAGUGAGAAUUGCAGGACGUUUUGCUGUUUGUUUGGUUUACAAGUGCCAACAUGAAAGCGUGCGAUUGUCUUUGUCACCAGUACAAGGUGUUGCUGUUCCACAGACAGGAAUACUGGGUCAGAUACUAUCAUCUAAGCCACUCAAAGGAUUUUAUAAAAUUCACAACGAGGAGGAGGAGGCAACAAACACUUCAAAAAAAGUAUCAGAUUUAUCAAAAGUGACAAAGACAUCUGGAAUUCCCGAAGAGGAUCGAAGCCAUUUCAAAGACUUCAGUGCUUCAAAAGAAUUAAAAAAGCUGAGGCGGAAAAUCAAGAAUAUCCUGGAAGACUGGCUGAAUUAUUAUCGGAUAGCUUUAGGAAUCACGUCACCAAACAUGCAGAAAACCUCAGUCUUUCCUCCGAGACCUGGCAAACAGUGCAAAAUUCAGCUUGCUGGUGCUUCUCCAGAGCUCCCAGCACCACAGAGAGAAAAGAACAGUGGCAGGAAGGCCCCUGUGUCAGAUUAUCGUCGUCCUUUUCGGUGUGCUCCAGCUUGCCACCGAAUACACCAUGCGUCCCUUGGUUCUUUCAGAGCUCCCUAUUUACUGAGCAACAUUUUAAAAAUAAAGCAGCCAUUCAUAACUCGUGUAAAUAAAGACAAACCCAUAUCCCAAGUCUCUCUCAGAGCACGUGAAAAGUCAUGGUAUACACACAUUGCUUGUCCUGCAGCCCUUCGAAGAUCAAUACUGGGAAAUGAAGGGGAGAUAUGCAGAUGCAGCAGCCAUCAUAUUCCAUAUAUUACGGACCUGGAAUAUAAUUACAUUAUAAAGAAUCAGGUGUCUUCCCCAGAACAAAUCACUGUGGUCUGUGUGACUUCUUCUCUGAACGCAACAGAUGAUGACUCUAGCCCAGAUAAGCAGCUAGAACAUCUCUAUGAGAGAAAGAACAAGAACAGGAGUAUGCCUUGCAUACAGGGUCGCCUGGAUUCUUUUCGCCUGCUCAAAUAUGACAUUGACUCUGCUGAUGAGUUUACAAACCACCGUGGUUCAUUGCUGGUGGAAAGGCAUAACGUCGCUCCUGGCAUGUUCCUAAUGUACGUUCAAGGAAGGUUGCUCUUUGCCAACUACAUUUUCAAUGGAUACAGCAAAUCGGUGAAAGACCUUCUAAAACAAAUUGCCUUAACCAGAAGUGCCUAUAACAGGGGCUACUAUUUACCCCCCGAUUAUAGAUUCAGUUCUCUUGCAAAUAGCCUGCAGACCUACUCAGAAUGUGCACAAGCGAGGAUUCCAGAAGAUGUUUCUAGAUGUGUCUGCUAUGCUACUGACAGGGGAGAAAGUGCCCAUGAAUUCAAACUAUUCAGCUUAUACAGAGGAACUACCAGCUUUGGAAUACAGAAACAAAUUAAGUGAAUGAAUCCAGUUCCAAAUUCAGAUUGAGAGAUCAUCUGCCUUGCCCAG